GCGGGCACCGGGGCUCCCAGGGAUCCUGUGCACAGCGUUACUCACACUUGACAUUCAGGGUGAAAUGGGCCAAUUGCUUGAAAAAGCACAACGUACACACCUCAGGGAGAACAGAGACCUCACCUCUCUUCAGGGUGUUUCAGUGCAAGGAACCGCUCAGGUGCUGGUCGCACCCACAGCGGAGGCCUUGAGGGGGAUGAAGUCAGGAAGUUGGGUGGGAGCCACACUGAGCCAGUGCAACCAGGACACGAGCGUCAGAAGUGUUUGUCUUCCUGGGCUGGGUCAGAGGGAAAACGAAACUCUUGAUCAUAGAAGGCUGGGCCCCGAGGCAGCAGCACAGACACAGCUGCACAGAAGGAUGGCUCCGUCACAGGACGAACCGAAACCUGGAGACCUGAUUGAGAUUUUCCGCAAAUGCUACCAGCACUGGGCCCUCUACGUGGGGGACGGCUACGUGGUGCACCUGACGUCUACAGGUGACAUCAUGGGAGCUGUGUCGGCCAACAUCAUGUCCUCCGGGUCUGGGAGGGCCAUAGUGAAGAAGGAGCUGCUGAAGAAGGUGGCCGGGAAAUGCAUGUACCGUGUCAAUAACAAGCAUGACCGGAAGUACUCCCCGCUGCCUCCCAGCGAUAUUGUGUGUCGGGCGGAGGAGCUGGUGGGGCAGGAGAUGCUCUACAAGCUGACCAGCGACAACUGUGAGCACUUCGUGAACGAGCUGCGCUACGGAGUCCACCGCAGUGACCAGGUGCGUCCUCAGCCCGUGUCCCUGUUCCCAGGAACCAGACCAUUCCCUCUGCUGACAGUGGUUGGGCCAUGGGGGCGGCCGGGGUGGAGGCAUGAAGGUCACAAAAUAGCAGGGACAGAAUCCCUGCCCUCGAGGGAGUGA